UACAGGUCCGUGUAAGAAUCAGGCAAAUCAAAUAAAAACUGAUAAGUCCAUAUACACGGAAUAUGGUGAAAUUUUGGGAACUUUGUAAUCCAUUAAUAAAGGUGACAAAACCAUAGUAUUACAUCAAUGUAUGCCAUAUUUGUCUAGAAAAAAAUAGAUAAAAUGCAUUCGCCGUCUGCAUAGACAACAGUGUAACGCAUUGAAAGUAGGUCAACUUCGAUAUUGAUUUUCUGUAAACAGCAGAUGCUUAGCACACAUAUUUUUUUAUAUUUGAAAUCAUUUGAUACAUAUCUUCUCUUUUAAUGAAUAAAAAGUUUGGAAAUUUUUAUUUGAAAAAUGUUAUUCACUAAAGUAAAAUAAUUGAAACGCGUCAUUCACCGUGUUGUUUAUCUCCCUUGCUUGGUUACCUCUUUUCAAAAAAGGCGCGUAGUCUGCACAACAACAAUAACAAAUGGCAGACGAGUCGGUCCCGCCCGACAUGAAGUGCAGCCUUAGUCUGUUUUCAACCCACACAUGCGGGUAUUAUCCUGUAUAUAAACAGGAUAAAAGUGUAAGAAAGCUGGCGGAAUGUGACAAAGACAUAACGCGGCAUUUGCAAGAUCUUAGACUGUGUGGAGGUCACCAAACUAUACAUGAACCAGCCGUUGGCAGUGAAGGAGAGUUGAUAGCACUGAGAUGUGGUAUUUUCAGGUUCGACCAAGAAAUGACUGUUUGUCCAUACCACAGAUACAGUCUAGGAAUAAAUUGGAAACCAAGUAAAAAGUGUAUCUUCCCGUUGCAUAAAGGAAAUCAGCAGCCACAAAAAGGAGUGACUCCAUUAAUGAGCAAAACUAUCCUUAACAAGUUUGGAUGUCUUCAACCUGUAGGUUCAGGAAUUUGUAAUGGAUGUAAGAUAAAGUGUAAAGACCUAAUUCCUAAUACGCCAGAAUGUUAUAAUGAGUGCUUUGAUCAAGUUGAUACAGAAGAAAGUACAUAUGCAUCUGGAUACAAAUUGAGAGAACGUCCUAUCCAGCAAUUUGAUGAUAACUACUCUGAUGUGACACAGCAGUCCCAGUCUUUAUCGCAGCCUUUGUCCCAAAUAUCUAAUUGGAGUGAUGAAAUGGAAACCACUUUGGACCAAGCAAAUGCAACAUUGAAAAUACUAAAUUGUAAAUCAAGUCCGUUAAGAGGACAGUUACUUUCUGAUAUAUCUUCCCUGAAGGACAGUACCAUUCGCUAUUAUAAGCAUAAAGCAGAUGAAUCUGUAGAUUCUGUACUUAACAUUAUUGCUCCAGGGCAAUCAAAGGAGUUAAAAAAACUUAUAAUGUCAGAACCAACAAAGCCUCCAACAGAUGAUGAGCUCACUGAUACCAUUUUUAAACUGUAUGAAGAAACAGCAGACAACAAACUUCAAACACAAAUUCUAUCAAUUGUUUCCCAAAAAAUGACAAAAGGUGAAAUUAUGCAGCGUCUGCCUGACAUAACAAAAUAUAAAAUAGACCAAGCAAGACUGCUAUCAAAAUCUGGGUCUGGUUUGGUUAUUGAAGAAAAAGUAAGGAGACCUAGAGAGCGUAUGGAUCAGGAGAAAAUGCAACAUGCUUUAAACUUUUUUUUCGAUCCAUCAUUCGUACAGAUAGUGUCAUAUGGUACCAGAGAAUUGUCAUUUGACACUGGAGAAAAAGUGACAAUUCCAGACGUUGUGAGAACAUCUUGUCAUUCACAAAUUGUGCAAAUGUAUUUUUCUUACUGUAAAGAUCUCAACUUUGAACCCCUUGGAAAUAGCUCACUUUUCAAAAUUCUCACAGCUUGUGCAGCCUCACAAAGAACCAAUCUUCAUGGCCUUGAUAAUAUAGCAGCUGAAGACCGACUUUAA